AGCACCAGCACGAGCUGAGGCUCUGCACACAGAGCUCAGCCCCGGCUCCCCAGGGGAAGAAGCUAUUCCAGGCUUAACUAAGGAAUCAUCUCACAUGUUUCAACAAUCCCUACAGUUUCUCUGUUUGUUUUAAAGAUAUCACUGAGAUUUUGUUUCAUUUGCAACGGGAGACUAAAUGGCAGCAAGCAGAAUCUGCUGUUAGGUUAGAUUACAAGGGCACUCUGUGGGACCCAUAGACGAUGCAGGCAGCAUCACUGCUGUGUUCUUUCCUGCUGCUCUGGCUGUGCAGGGAUUUGUGCCCAGCUGAAGGCGGCACUGGCAGGAGGCAGAGGAGGAGGGGGCUGGGGAGGAGCCCCUGGGCAGGGCACAGGAGCCCCAGGGCAGCCGGGAUCCCGCUCAUCACCAUCGAUGACAGCGUCAUGGGCAUCUUUGACUCCCUGGUGGGGCUGGGGCAACACGAGAGCGCCUACAGCGUCUUGCCAGGGAAGAAGGGGCAGUGCACAGCUAACGGGAUGAUCAUGUUCGACAAAGCCGUGUGGUCUCCCCAGCCCUGCAUCACCUGUCUGUGCUCCCAGGGAGAGGUGAUCUGUGACACAGCCAUGUGCCACCCUCUGAAAUGUCCCCAGACCAUCAUUCCUGCAGGAGAGUGCUGCCCAGUGUGUUCUGAGACUGCCUCCUCACUGGACUCCAGCAUAAUUUCACUGGAUGAUGUCAGUGAGUUGUCUGGUGACUCCCCAGACCCCAAGGACCUCGACACCACCAGUGUUCUGCCACCAGCAGGAACUCCAAUGGAAAAGGAGGAGCUGCUUCCCACAGAAGUGAUAGAGGUUAGAGACAAGGAGGGUCACAAAAAAGGGCAGAAGAAAAGAAAAAGGAAAGGCAGAAAGAAUCGCCAGAGGCACAAAGGGCGUCGCAGAGAGAAGCUGCCUGUCCCCAGAAGGGGAGCUGCAGGAGAUGUGCAGUAUGAGAGUGAUGAAGAUGAUGGUCCUUUCAGAAUUCCAUCUCAUUUCCCAAUCCCUGUUCCACCCAUAGAAGCUCCUCCUUUGCCAUCUGGAUGUUCCACCUUGGACACCACAGUAAGCUGCAUUAAUGCCAAACUUACACAAAUACCUCCCAUCUCAGAUCCAGACCUAACGAGUUUAGACCUUACAGGAAAUAGCAUCACUACUAUCUCAGAUGAAGCUUUCAAUGGGAUCCCUAAUUUGGAAUGGAUUGAUCUGAGUAAAAAUAACAUUACCUCUCCUGGCAUAGGUCCCAAAGCAUUCAAAAUCCUGAAAAAGCUGAAACGUUUGUAUUUGGAUGGAAAUAUGCUGGUAGUUAUUCCCUCUGAAUUGCCAUCAACUUUGGAAGAAAUAAAAAUAAAUGACAACCAACUUCAUGCCAUUGAUGAAGACGGCUUAAAAGAUUUAAAGAACUUGGUCACUCUGGAAUUAGAAGGAAAUAAACUUAGUGAAGCAAAUGUCAGUCCCUUGGCCUUUUAUCCUUUGAAAAGUCUUUCUUAUUUGCGACUGGGAAGAAAUAAAUUUAGAAUUAUACCACAAGGUCUUCCUGCCACUCUUGAGGAGUUAUAUCUUGAACAUAAUCAAAUUGAAGAAGUGUCAGAAAUUUGCUUUAACCACACCAGAAACAUCAACAUCAUUGGGCUAAAGCAUAACAAAUUAGAAGAGCACAGGAUAGCACCUUUGGCUUGGAUAAACCAAGAGAACUUGGAGUCAAUCGAUCUCUCUUAUAAUAAGUUGUAUCAUGUUCCCUCCUACCUGCCAAAAUCUUUACUCCAUCUGGUACUCAUAGGAAAUCAGAUUGAGAGAAUUCCAGGCUAUGUGUUUGGCCACAUGAAGCCCGGGCUGGAGUAUCUCUACCUGUCCUUUAACAAGCUCACUGACGAUGGCAUUGACCCAGUGUCAUUUUUUGGAGCUUACCACUCCCUGAGGGAGCUCUUUUUGGACCACAAUGAAUUGAAGGCUGUACCCUUUGGGAUUGAUGAAAUGAGAAAACUACGUUUUCUAAGACUGAACAAUAACAAAAUAAGGACAGUGCCCCCAGAACGCAUCUGCAGGACUCAGAGCCACCACGAGGACGAGCAUGACCACAGUGAGGAGGAGCAUGAGGAUUCCCACCUGGAACAUGUUCACCUUGAAAACAACUACAUCAACACAAGGAAGCUCUCCCCACAUUCAUUUUCAUGCAUAAGAUCCUAUUGCAGUGUUGUUCUUAAACCACAGAAGACCAAAGACAUGAAAGAAUACACACUCCUUCUCUUCUUGGCUUUGUGCUCUGCCAAAUCUCUCACUGGUCCUUCAUAUUUUACACUGAAGAAUAUGAUGCUCCAGGAUAUGGAAGACGAUGACGAUGAUGAUGAUGACAAUUCUCUAUUUCCAACCACUGAACCCAUUCUACCACUAAUUCCUUUUGAUCUGUUCCCAACAUGCCCCUUUGGAUGCCAGUGCUAUGUGAGAGUUGUCCAUUGCUCUGACCUAGGUUUGACAUCAAUUCCUCGCAACAUCCCGCCAGAUACUCGUAUGAUUGAUCUUCAAAACAACAAAAUCAAAGAGGUCAAGGAAAAUGAUCUCCAAGGACUCACAUCACUUUAUGCCCUGGCUUUGAACAACAAUAAAAUAUACAAGAUCCAUCCCAAAGCCUUUCAACCAACUAAGCGGCUACGACGACUGUAUUUGUCCCACAAUCAACUGACAGAGAUUCCAACAAAUCUACCCAGAACUCUGACAGAGCUCAGAAUUCAUGCUAAUAAGGUUAAGAAAAUCCCCAAGGAUGUAUUUAAAGGAAUGAAGUCUCUACAUGUUUUAGAAAUGAGUGCAAAUCCUCUGAACAAUGAUGGAAUAGAGCCAGGGGCUUUCGAAGGGGUAAAUAUCUACCACAUACGAAUCGCAGAGGCCAAGUUAACUUCAAUUCCUAAAGAUUUGCCCUCCAGUCUCCUGGAGCUUCACUUAGAUGACAACAAGAUCACAGGAAUUGAAGUUGAGGAUUUUAACCGUUACAAAGACCUACAAAGGCUGGGCCUUGGCAAUAAUAAAAUUAAAGAAGUGGAAAAUGGAAGUUUUGCCAACAUCCCAAGUAUACGUGAAAUCCACCUGGAAAAAAACAAGCUGAAGAAGGUUCCUCCUGGAUUACCCGAACUGAAAUACCUGCAGGUGGUCUUCCUUCAUUCCAACCACAUUGCCAAGUUGGGAGUGAACGAUUUCUGUCCGACAGGACGAAGGAAGAAGAAAGCCCUGUACAGCGGCAUCAGCCUCUUCAACAACCCUGUCAAGUACUGGGAGGUCCAGCCUUCAACCUUCCGCUGCAUUUUAGCCAGGAACAGUGUUCAACUUGGCAACUUCCUCAAGUGA